AUGAGUACGACAGCCGCUUCCACUCUUGCCUACGAUCCCACUGGAGAUCGCUACGAUCCAGAUGAGGUACUACUAGCCCAGAAUAGCCCGUUGAUGAAGCCCUACCACCCCCAGCUUGGGCCACCAACGAGCUCGCUGGACGAGUUCCCCUACCCCAAAGUCAGUCCUCCUUCCAGUCCGAGAAACAAAAGGUCUGAUCGUCGCAUAAAGUCAAGACCGAGUCAGGGUGAUGCCGUCUUGCUUCACAUGCUUGACGGAGGGAGACGCCCAGAGAUUGCGAUCCAAGCCGGCCUCCAAGCCUUGCCAUCAGAGCAUUCCGAUACCGACAGAGACGACUCCCUUGAGCCCGACACUGCUUCCUCCAUGGAUGGCAAUGAAAUCAUUCAAAGCCCUCACUUCAACGGGGAAGACCGCGAUGACGUUGAACACCUCCACCUAAGCCUUCAACGUCGAAAUAUGUCAGCCGAGCCUUCCAGGGAGGUCGAUACCGGUGGUGGCUUUGACAGCCUACAGUCUCUAGCAGCCGGUGCCUUGGGCGUGGUUCAAAAUCUCAGCGCUCCCAGUGUCAAGCAGGAAGAGGCAGAUGCAGGUCCCACGCCGCCAAUCACCGAGCAUGAUACCAUCAAGGAGAGCGCACCACCAAUGACGGUUCAGUCAACCAUAGCGGCGAGGCGAGCGGAGGCGGAUAAGGAUACAGAAAGGCUAACCCAGCCUGCAAUGCUGACUCCAUAUAGCCCACGAGGAAUCGCCUUUUCACCCCGAGAGCACGGAAGCAUUCCUUCGAUUGCGUCACCUACGAACCCCCUAACACCCAAUAGUCUACCCGAAGGCUUACCGCCAAUCCAACCGACCUCCCCAGUGUUUGAAGGAGCCUCACAGCAGACACUUCCAUCCAUAAGGGAUUCUCUAGGAGUGGCGGAUCUCAAUCAACUUUCCCGUCCCAUAAUUGAGCGGAGUCCACAUCAACCUUUUCCCGGCUCUCCUCCAGGUUUUCCGACAAGUCUGUUGUCAUACACAAACCAUGCAUCGCCGCCACAAUCGGCCGCUGACCCAUACCGUCGGGAACCUGUUUCGCCGUACUACUUCUCUCAAGGGAAUGGCAUACAGCGGCCGCACGAUUAUGCCAGCGGCUCAGAACUCUCAGCUCCGGAUCAUUCGCGCAGUCACAUGAAUGCCCCCGCAACAUCGCCCGGAUCAAUAGCCGACCGAAUGAGCAUCGAUGGCCUAACCAGCCAUACGGGUACUUAUGUGUGCAAAUUCCAGGGCUGCAACGCCGCGCCGUUCCAGACGCAGUACUUGCUAAACUCGCACGCAAAUGUUCACUCAUCCGCGCGACCUCAUUACUGUCCCGUACCAGGGUGUUCUCGAGGCGAAGGUGGAAGGGGGUUCAAGCGCAAGAACGAGAUGAUCAGGCAUGGAUUGGUGCAUGACUCACCAGGCUAUGUGUGCCCAUUCUGCCCUGACCGAGAGCACAAAUAUCCUCGUCCUGAUAACCUCCAAAGACAUGUACGAGUACACCACACUGAUAAGGACAAAGACGACCCCCUUUUGCGCGAAGUCCUUGCUCAGCGCCCGGACGGCCCUAGCCGUGGCCGGAGACGAAGAGGUGGGCCGAAUUGA